UCUAACAUAUGCAAUGAUUCAUACCCUUGGACUCCAACCUCUGCAGAGGAGCAGGGGGGCAGGGGAGAGGUACAGAAUGAGCACAUGUCGCUGGUGUACACCAGGUGGUGAGUCCACUGUUGAUUUCCUAAAGAGCUAUGCUUUUGGGACACUUCCCUGUGAAGUUCUCACAGCUAAUGAGGAUCUGUGUUACUGCUUGGAGUGUGUGGCAGAAUAUCACAAAGCAAGAGAUAAACUACCUUCCUUACAUGAGAUCUUGUGGGAAUUUGAAACUACCCGUCUCAUAAAUCAUUUUGAAAAAACCAUGAAAGGUGAAAUUGAAGAAGAUGAUGAACUAUUUAUAGUAGAUGACAAUGGCCAAACACAACUGUUUGGUUUCACUGGCCAAGACUUUGAAAACAAGCUUCGAGUUCCUCUUCUUGAAAUACUGAAAUAUCCUUAUCUGCUCUUACAUGAGCAUGUCAAUGAAUUAUGCGUUGAAGCACUUUGUAGGAUGGAGCAAGCUAACUGCUCCUUUCAGGUAUUUGACAAACAUCCAGGGAUCUAUUUGUUCUUGGUACAUCCCAAUGAAAUGGUUCGACGAUGGGCUAUUCUGACAGCCAGAAACUUGGGGAAGGUAGACAGAGAUGAUUACUAUGAUUUACAGGAAGUGACUUGCUUGUUUAGAGUUAUUGAGUUAGGGCUUUUAGAAAGUCCAGAUAUUUAUACUUCUUCAGAAUUUGAGAAGGGUAAACUUGUCCUUCUGCCAUCUCACAUGUAUGACACAAACAACUACAAAAACUACUGGUUAGGUAAGAUCUGUCUGUUACUAACUAUUCUUGAGGAGCAGGCCAUGGAUUCUUUGUUGCUGGGCUCAGACAAGCAAAAUGAUUUUAUGCAGUCAAUACUUCACACCAUGGAAAAGCAGUCAGAUGAGGAUAGUGUAGAUCCUUUCUGGCCAGCCUUGCACUGCUUCAUGGUGAUUCUGGAUCGCCUUGGCUCAAAAGUCUGGGGUCAACUUAUUGAUCCCAUUGAAGCAUUCCAGACUAUUAUUAAUAAUGUGAGCUACAACAAAGAAAUUCAAAGUAUACGAAAUAGUUCUACAAGGACGAAGUUCGAACCUGAGUCAGAUUUGGAAGAAAUGGUGACUUGCAGCCAGAUUGUGUACAAUUAUAAUCCUGAAAAGACAAAAAGGCUGUUUAUCCGCUAUAUAGAUUCAGGAUGGAGAUCAGCUAUUUGCCCUGAUUACUGCCCUAACAUGUAUGAAGAAAUGGAAACAUUAGCCAGCGUACUCAGUCUGAUAUUGGACAAGACAUGGCGUGUUCAUAACAGCACAUUUCUUUGGUUUAUCCUUUGUUCAGUCCUCAUGGAUAUCAAGGAUGUGGGUGUAGCUUACAUAGUGGAAGUUAUUCAUCACCUAUUCAGAAGUCAAAGAUGUCCUCAACCAAAAAGUAGCAUGUGUGACACAGUCACUGAGUUUUUCCUUUUGAUGGUGUCAGUAAUUGAACUGCAUAGAAAUAAGAACUGUUGCAUUUGUUAUGGGUAGUUCACACAGUGGGUAGAAGCAGUAGAAUGUGCUAAACUUCCUACCACAGCAUUUGCACGGAGUGCUGAAAAGGCAUGAAGCUACUCCAAAGGGGCAGCUGUAAUAUCUUCUUUGCCUUUACACUCACUUCCAUUUAAUUCCUGUACAGCUUGCUUGUGGUGCAGCUGAUCCGAAGUCUUCUUAGGGAUGUUGCCAGCUGGACAGCAAACUCUUUGUAACAUUCUUAGACCAACUCACUUCGUCUUGAGGGGAAAUUUGUCCCUUGGUUGGCAUUUAAAGUCGGAGACGCUAGAAUUACAAACGUGUUUGAAACAAAUCAUUAAAACAAAAAGUCAAAGGAUUACCAUUGUAUCAAGCUCAAGUGAUGAUUCCCAUUCGAAGAAUGAUUCUAGCCUUAGGAACUCAAAGUUUAGGUCCAAAGCACAGAAAGAUGAAUUAUGUGCAAAAUUAUUACAAGUAAUGAGGGAACCAAAAAAAACCACCAUGGUCACCAGUAUUCAUAACCAGAGAGCAAAAUUUCUGUUCAGGAAAGUGAACCAGAACAAGAUUCUCUUUGACUUCACAGGUGAUAGUGCCUUAGAUGAUCAGACAAAUGACUGGGGUUAUGAUACAGAUUAUAUAUCUGAUGAAGUUAUUCAGAAGAUUUCAUCGUGUUUAAGAAAUGUAGACAAAUCUCAUAUUUGUAUUUCUGGGGAUCUUACUAAGGAGCACACUAAAAAUGUAGAUGAGAGGGAAGAAAAAGAAUCUACAUCUACUCUUUCAGCAUCACCUAAUUUAAAUUUUGAAAUUUCCACUGAAAAGUCAAGUACACAGUAUUCUCCUCAGUCUCUUUCCAAUCCAAAACCCAGCAGAACACCACUUUCUAAAAAUUCAAAGAAAACCAGUAUUAAUCCCCCAAGAAGGCAGAACAAAAAAGUGAAUCAAGCUAGUCCCAAAAAGAUACUUUGUAGAACAAUGCCUGCUGUGAUUCCUCCAAAGAAAUUUCGCCAGUGUCCUGAACCAACUUCAACUGCUGAAAAACUUGGCUUGAAAAAGGGGCCUCGAAAAGCAUUUGACUUGUCUCAGCGAUCUUUAGAUUUUGUGGUAAAGUUACGUGAUCAUGGAAAAACUGCCGGUGAAGUUGAUAUUCAGCAAAAGAAGAAGACAAAGUUAAUUACUCCUCAGACUCUGGUUGUCAGAAAUAACAAGAAAAUGUUAGCAUGUCAAGAUCUUCAAUUUUUAAGACAGAUAAGACCCAAGUCACACAGAAAUCAACAAGGACAUUCUGCUACUCAUAGUAAAGACUCUUCUCCAAAGACAAUUACAAAGCCAGCCCAGAAUUCUGAAGCUAUUAUUCAAGCAUCUUCUGGACACAGUGACAAUUUUAAAGAAAAAAACAAGCUGGCCUUGAGCAGUGAUAAAAAGCAUACAAGAAAAAGCUCAUUUUCUGAGACAGAAACAAUUAAAGUGAAAAGUCUAUCACCAGUUUCUAAUGAUAGUCCUCUUUCUACCAAACAUAGUUGUACAGAAUUAAAUGUAAGAGCAGAAACAAAUGAAGCCAUUGUCUCUACUUCAAAGAGCCAUUUGUCCAACUCAUCUUCUGUUGGAGGUGACCUAACAGGGGUCGUCCAACCCUUAUCUUGUUUUCCUUCUGAGGGAACAGCUUUCAUAGAAGCAGAGUCUGAUGUUAACAGUGAUACAGAGGAAAAUAAUUUGUUUUUAACACAACAUGAUCCUGUAGAUAUGGAAUUAAGUUCACAGGUAGAGAAUUUUCAUGACUUUGAAGUUCCUAUUGGAAAAGUUACAGUGGAAAUGGAGGAAGAUUUGAAAAACCUCACUAAGGACAGUGCUUUGAGUAGUUUAAAGUGUAAGCACAAAGAUUGUACCGACACUGUGGAAAAUCUGGAUGAAUAUUGCUCUAAACAUUCUGAAGCUAAAGUAUCUGAUGAUUAUGUUUUUGUUAAGCCAAGUUUGCCACUUUCACUAUCUAACAAAACUGUAAAGUCGACUACUAAGAUUUUUAGUUCAAGUAGUACUUCACGAAAUGCUCAUCUUUCUAGAGCUAUAGAAAAUAGCUUAAAACUCCCACCAGCAUCAAAAAAUCAAACAAAUUCGAUAGCUACAACGGUAAAAUUAAUGCAACCAGUCGCUCCAUUAGUUCUAAAGUCAAUAUUGAGUGAUGAGGGGCAAAAUUUGUCCAACGUUCUUCAACCACAGAAUAUGCAGACUUCUCCAAAUUACUUAAACAGAUCUGCUCCACUAAAUCUUGAGAAGAAAAGGACUUUUCAGAUUUCCUCUGCUGCAAAUUUUCCUGUGCCGCAAUCUGUAUGUGACAGCUUUGUUAAGGAGAUCUUAAAAUGGAGAUAUGAAAUGUUUGUAAACUUUGAUCAGUUUGGUCCUCCAGCAGAGCUUUGCCAGUCCAUCUUAAAGCCUGUUCCUAUCACAUUUCAGAACUCUCAAGACUAUCUAAAUGUUUUUUUCCCUUUGCUGAUAUUGAAUACUUUUGAAACGGUGGCCCAAGAAUGGAACAGCCCAAAGAAAGAGAAUACCUAUGAGCUCCAUUUACGAAGCUUUUCUCCUGGUGACAUAAAUUUUUAUCUUCAGGAGUGUGAUAUGGUUAAGCAACUGCAUCCAAAGGAAAAUGAUUUUGUAUUUUUGGUUCCUAAAAUUAAAGGGAAAAAAGCAAGCUGCAGAAGGAAAUGAAAGAAGGAUCAACAAGUGUAUCAUUGUGGUUACGUGUCUCAAUUUCGACGCUCUUCAGUCAGACAUAAUUCACAAUUUGAGGGUUGCCUUUCUAUCCAGACUCAAGGAAAUUUGUCAUUCCACAUAAAUGAAUCAAUAGACUGUAUUGUGAUCAGUUCUUUGGUGACUACACAACGGAAGUUGAAAGCCUUAUCUCUUUUGGGGCGGAAUACACUGAUUCCACUGGUCAGGGCAAUUCUGAACCCAAGUACUUCAGACUUUUGUCCUCGAGAUUCACUGAACACGGCUCCUGAAAAGAUUCUUGCCUACCUGAAAGACUAUAAUGAAGAUCAAAAAAAAGCAAUUGAAGUUGCGUAUGCCAUGGUAAAGCAACCACCAUUAAUUGCCAAAAUCUGUCUGAUUCAUGGACCUCCUGGAACUGGAAAAUCAAAAACUAUUGUUGGCCUUUUGUAUCGUAUUCUGACAGAGAAACCAAAGAAGGGAGAUUCAGAUGAAAAUUUGAAUGCCAAAAUCAAACGAAAUCGUGUUCUUGUAUGUGCACCCUCUAAUGCAGCUGUUGAUGAACUUAUGAAAAAAAUCAUCCUUGAAUUUAAAGAAAAAUGCCAAGACAAGAAGAAUCCCUUGGGAAAUUGUGGAGAUAUAAAUUUAGUGCGACUGGGCCCAGAAAAAUCUAUUAAUAAUGAAGUCUUAAAAUUCAGCUUGGAUAGCCAAGUUAACCACAGAAUGAAAAAGGACUUGCCCAGUCAUGUUCAAGAGAUGCAUGAGAGAAAAGAACAUCUGGAUAUUAAAUUAGACAAGCUUUCUCGCCAGCGGGCUUUGGAUCGAUGUGAAAAGGGGCAGAAGAGAUCAAAUUUAGAUGAGGAAAUUGCCCGAAUUUCCAAAGAAAGGCAGCAGCUUGCUUCUAAAAUUAAAGAGGUUCGAGGACGCCCACAGGAAACUCAGAGUACCAUUAUCCUGGAGUCACAUAUCAUCUGCUGUACACUGAGCACAAGUGGUGGUUUGCUGCUGGAGUCUGCUUUUCGUAGGCAAGGAUGUAUCCCCUUCAGUUGUGUCAUUGUUGAUGAGGCUGGGCAGUCUUGUGAGGUUGAAACACUUACUCCAUUUAUCCAUCGUUGCAACAAACUUAUUUUGGUUGGAGAUCCUAAACAGCUCCCUCCAACAGUCAUUUCUGUGAAAGCACAGGAGUAUGGCUAUGACCAGUCAAUGAUGGCUCGAUUAUACAGACACCUGGAAGAACAGGUGAAACAGAGUGUGAUCAGUAGAUCACCUGUUUUGCAGCUGACAGUUCAAUACAGGAUGCAUCCUGAUAUAUGUCUCUUCCCAUCCAGUUACAUUUAUAACAGAACUUUGAAAACAAACAGAUUGACUGAAGAGAGCCGAUGUACAUCAGAUUGGCCGUUCCAGCCUUACCUUGUGUUUGAUGUAGGAGAUGGUUCAGAGAGACGGGAAAAUGAUUCAUAUGUUAAUGUCCAAGAAAUAAAACUGGUAAUGGAAUUAAUUAAGCUGAUCAAAGACAGAAGAAAGGACAUUACUAUUCGUAAUAUCGGUAUAAUCACACAUUACAAAGCACAAAAGAUGAUGAUUCAACAGGAAUUGGACAAAGAAUUUGAAAGAAACAGACCAGGGGAAGUUGAUACUGUGGAUGCAUUCCAGGGUCGUCAAAAGGAUUGCAUUAUUGUUACAUGUGUCAGAGCAAAUGCUUCACAAGGCUCAAUUGGGUUUCUGGCAAGUUUGCAAAGACUGAAUGUAACCAUUACUAGAGCCAAGUAUAGUCUGUUUAUCCUUGGACAUCUGAGGACAUUAUGGUAGGAAAACCAACAUUGGAAUCACCUGAUUCAAGAUGCUCAGAAACGAGGUGCCAUUAUUAGGACUUGUGACAAAAAUUAUAAAUAUGAUGCAAUGAAAAUUUUGAAACUCAAAUCUGUGCCACAGCGAAGCCUAUCAUACUCUCCUACUAUAGUGACAGAAAUCACUAGAUUCCAGAAUAGCUUAUUCAGCAAUAAACCAAGAGAAAUGAUGAACAAACCUGACAGUUAUGUUUCUAAGACCACUUCUGUUGCUUCUGCACGGCGCAGCAGCACUUCCUUGUUAUCUGCUGAAGUUCAACUUGACUGCAGGGAAGCUACAGUUGUUACAAAAUCUACUGACGUACCUGUUGUUCGACCAAGACUGGCCAAGAGAAAUGAGCGUGAUGCCACAGAGAAGUUGUCAGGUGAUCUACCACCAUCCAGUAUCCAGCAUCCAAGAGUGACAACACCCAUAUAUGAACCUGGCUUUCCUUUAACUUACCAGGAUCCCAGUAAUAUCAUACAGCACCUUUUCUCAAGAGUAACAGCUUCCAACAAUUGCAACCUGACUGCACAACUUGGAGCUCCCUCUGCAAGUACCUACAUGCACGCAAACAAAAGAAGCAGUGAAGAAGAAGGAUCUGGCUACAGAAGAGAAGUAAGCUCUUCUAGAGAAGGACAACAAGAACAGCAUGGGUAUUGGAAAGACUAUCACUUAGACAGGGACUAUUGCUUGGACAGGAGGAGAAAAGAGAACCAGGACAGUCAUUCAAAAAGAAGAAAACUUUCAUAGCUAUGGUCUUGAGUCUCAGCGACAGGCAACAUUUACCAAAAAGAAUAUUUAUUAUAAGAAAUGCAGCUUUGGGUGCUCAGUUAAUAAGAUAGAGAUGUUAAAUUUAUUUUUAAAUUCGGGGCCAUUCCCUUCCCCAAACAUGGAAGAUUGUAUACUCUUAUUUAAAACAUAUUUUCUAUUGGUAAUCUUUACAAAUCAGUAUGUUUUUCUGUCUCGGAUUUCAGAGGACCUUUGUGCACCAAUGAUAGUGUCCUUAGAGCCAGAUAAAUGAAAUGUUCUAUUGUUCUUCCUUUAUAGAAAAGGAAACCAGACUUGGACAGAUAUUGUAAAUGUAGAGAUGUACAUUUGUAUAGCAAACAACAAAACCUUUUUUAAGAUUUA